AUGGCUACGCUCGAAAGUGCUCAAGCCAACUCCUCCUUGGAGAAGGACGGAGCCCUUCCUGGCUAUUCAGCCCCAGCUCAUGAGCAUAGCCAUCAGGAUGGCGCUGUUCGCUCAGACAACUGGUUUACCCGCAAUGGUCUUAACCUCGAGUCCUUCAAGAAGCGAGACUAUGGCCAUGGCCUUGUCGAGUUGGAUCGCUCCAUGAAACCGAGGCAUCUGCACAUGAUCGCCAUUGGAGGUUCCAUUGGUGCUGGUUUCUUCGUCGGUUCCGGUGGUGCUCUGGCCAAAGGUGGACCCGGCUCUCUCUUGAUUGAUUUCCUGAUCAUUGGUAUCAUGAUGUUCAAUGUCGUCUAUGCUCUUGGUGAACUCGCUGUCAUGUAUCCUGUCUCUGGUGGUUUUUACACAUAUGCUGUCCGCUUCAUUGAUCCUAGCUGGGGUUUUGCCAUGGGUUGGAAUUACGUGAUGCAAUGGGCUGUCGUGCUGCCACUUGAACUGACUGUGUGUGGUUUGACCAUUGGGUAUUGGGACACGGAAGGAAAGAUCAGCGUCGGUGUCUGGAUCACCGUCUUCUUCGUCUUGAUUCUCAUCACAAACCUGUUUGGCACCUUGGGAUAUGCCGAAGAAGAGUUCUGGUCUGCCGUCAUCAAAUUAUCGGCAACCGUCAUCUUCCUUAUCAUCGCAUUCGUCAUGGUUUUGGGAGGUGGCCCUUCCAACGGUCAAUACAGCGAAUACUGGGGUGCUCGGCUCUGGUACGAGCCUGGUGCUUUCAACAACGGAUUCUUGGGUUUCUGCUCCGUUUUCGUCACUGCUGCUUUUGCUUUCAGCGGCACCGAACUUGUCGGUCUUGCGGCUGCAGAGUCCGAGAACCCAGUCAAGGCUUUGCCUGGUGCCAUCAAGCAAGUCUUCUGGCGUAUCACACUUUUCUACGUCCUGGGACUCCUGUUCGUUGGCCUGCUGAUCCCCUACGACGACCCGAACCUGCUUGGUUCCAACGCCUACAUCAACGUCAACGCUUCUCCGUUUGUCCUGGUUGGCAAAUACGCCGGUCUCAAGGGCUUUGACAGCUUCAUGAACGUCGUUAUCCUGGUUUCGGUCCUGUCCAUUGGUGUCUCGGCCGUCUACGGAGGUAGCCGUACUUUGACGGCUCUAGCCCAGCAAGGAUACGCUCCCAAGAUCUUUACCUACGUCGACAAGUCUGGCAGGCCCCUAUUCUCUGUCAGCGCUGUCCUGAUUUUUGGUCUGCUCGCCUAUGUCAACCUGAGCGCCAGCGGUACUACCGUCUUUACCUGGCUCCAGGCUCUGUCUGGACUUGCCGCCCUCUUCACCUGGGGCUCCAUUUGCUUGGCGCACAUUCGUUUCCGCUCCGCCUGGAAGUACAAUGGUCAUACUCUGGAUGAGAUCCCUUUCCAGGCCAUUGGAGGUGUCUACGGCUCUUGGCUCGGUCUUGUCCUGAUUGUUCUUGUGCUCAUUGCCCAGUUCUACACUGCUGUUGAGCCCAUGGACGCCGAAGCUUUCUUCGAGUCCUACCUUGCUGCUCCCGUCGUUCUCUUCUUCUGGGCUGUCGGCUAUGCCUGGAAGCGUGAAGGUUGGCUCAAGAUUAGCCAGAUGGACGUUGAUACCGGUCGCCGUGAGCUUGACUGGGAUGAGAUCAACGAAUACAGACGCCACUUGGCUGCCCAGCCUGCAUGGAAGCGCCUGUAUCACGUUCUGUUUUAA